AAAACGUGAUGACAUCACGCACCAAGUGACUACGCUCGCAAAUGGUGCAGGAGCCAGCUGGUCUGUGUGUGCUGCUUGCCAAUACGAAUUGUCAUGUUUGUGUACCGUCAAAUUAGUGUAUUAGUCGUGCAUUUGUCUGAAGGGACGAGGCAGCGUGCGUUCAGUUGCAACUCGGUGGAUGUGUUUAUCUCAUUUUGUGCCCCGCGAGUACACGACUGACCGGUAGGCCUGCGGAGAUCGAUCCAACUAUCGAUACUACACAGGAUGAUCUACAUCAUCAUGGGAGUGUCAGGCUGUGGCAAAAGCUCUUUGGGGGCCUUCCUAUCAGAAAAGCUGGGGUGGCCUCUGCAUGAAGGAGACAGCUUCCACCCUGAGGAGAAUGUGGCCAAGAUGGCUCGUGGAGAGCCACUCACAGAUCAGGAUAGAUUUCCUUGGCUUCUGAGACUGCAUGACGUCAUUGAAAGAGAACGAUGUUCCAGCUCUGAUGCACUUGUGACCUGCUCUGCCCUCAAACGCCUCUACAGACUCAUCCUCCUCCACGGUUCCAAAGCCCUUCCCUCCUCCACCUCCUCCCCUCCACUCCCCCAUUCCCAUGUCGGUGUCUUCUUUCUCUUCUUGCACGGAGACUACGAGGUCAUUCAACGGAGGAUGGUAGACCGCAGCGGACACUUCAUGAAGGCAGACCUUCUACAUUCACAGUUUGAAAUCUUGGAGCACCCCGUGGAAGAUCAAAAGGAGAACGUUGUAUGUCUGGAUGUAAGCAGGAGCAUCCCUGACAUGGCCGUGGAGGUGGAGAAACACCUCAUCAGCCUCAAGUCUCCAAAGAAGAACCAUCAAAAUGGAUCUCAGUUCCAUUGAUGUGACUGGUUUCUAAUGUUGUGACUCGUGUUCAAAUCUCAUUCAACGGGGGGGGGGGAAUAUUUCCACUUGUAUCUCUCCCACCAACACACUGGAUACACACGCAAAACACUGACGUUCAUGCAGCAUACACACUACCAGUGGAUUACAUGCGCACAUGAUGUGAUAUUUAAAAUUAUUAUUUCUUUGGGGCUUCCGUUAAGUGUAAUUGGGGAUGUAAACUAAAUGACUUUUCUAUUUUUGGAUUAAACAAAAAACGUAUAAA